AGCGAGCGAGCGCGUAUGUGUGCGCGUGCGCGCGGUGUCUCGAUGGAGUCGGCGGCCUUCGGCACGAUGGCGGAUUUCGAUGCGAUCUACGAGGAAGAGGAGGAGGAAGAAGAAGAGGACGAGGAGCGGGCGCUGGAGGAGCAGCUGCUGAAGUACGCUCCCGACCCGGUGGUGGUCCGGGGCUCGGGACACGUCACUGUGUUUGGUCUGAGCAACAAAUUUGAAUUUGAAUUUCCUUCGCCAUUAACAGGAAAGGUUGCACCAGAGGAAUUCAAAGCCAGCAUUAAUCGCAUUAAUGGCUGUUUAAAGAAGAAUCUCCCCGUCAAUGUGCGAUGGCUACUCUGUGGCUGCUUGUGCUGUUGUUGUACGUUGGGCUGCAGCAUGUGGCCAGUAAUCUGCCUCAGUAAAAGAACACGAAGAUCGAUCGAGAAGUUAUUAGAAUGGGAAAACAAUAGGUUAUACCACAAGCUGUGCUUGCACUGGAGACUGAGCAAAAGGAAAUGUGAAACCAAUAACAUGAUGGAAUAUGUCAUCUUAAUAGAGUUUUUACCGAAAACACCAAUAUUUCGACCAGAUUAGAAUAAGAUUUUGUCUUCAGAGACUUAUCUUAGUGCGUUGUCCUUCCAAUGGUGCCUUGCUUGGUACUCUCCUGGUGAAGAUUGUGUAAAUCGGACGCCUUUAAUGCUUAUUAUCCAGUUUUUCCAUCCAUCUGUUUAUUAGUCCGCCACAUUUUUUGUUAGCUUUUUUUCUAGUAACAAUUGCAUUCCAGAAUUCUGAUCUUGUAAUUUGUUCUCGCCAACCUCUGGCAAAAUCCUUCACUUUGUCAUUUUGCUCUUUAAUGAUUCUUGACACACAUUGGCCAGUGUACACACAAUAGCUUUAAAACAAUCACUGAAAUUAUGUAUGAAAAGAUUACCAAACUGAUUUUAAUCAUGUCUGUGAAUUAUCCCAGAAGUUUUCCAUGAAGGAUCGAAAUCACUAGUUGGAGUUAUUAGAAUCAACACUUUUAAGUUGAAUUCUGAAGGCAAUACAUGCGGAACAAAGUUGUGUACAGUGUUGUCACAAUAUAUUAUUCUAUUGUAAUUUUUUCUGCCCAUUAAAUUUAAACUUGAGACCUACUGUGCACGUAUUCAGGAACACAAAUUCUACUGCGAUAUCGAAGUCACCAAAUAUGAAGAAAUCUGAGUGAAGAAACCACAUCUACUGGCUCUUGCUACUCUAAAUAUUUAACAUGCAAAUGGAAAAGAAUACUGAAUUUAUAACAAAGAAUAAUAAAAUGAAGGCUUUUGCGUGCAUUGUAAGGUCACUAGGAGCCAGGACAAUGGAAAAUGCAACUGAAUUACCACCGUAAAAUGAACGUUUUGUUCAUUAACUAUCACGUGUGAUGGUUAUUUUGACUCUGCUACUAUGUUUACUUUUCCUUGAACAAUUUAGGUUUACAUGUAGAUGUUUUGAUUUUUCCUGUACAUAGUGAUAAUGUAGAUUGUACAUUAACAGAAUCUUGGGUCAGGCCAAAUAUUAUUUUAUUCUGCACCUCAGAUAGUGGAACCUGUCAUUGUAUUUGAAGAGGUGAUUUCAGUUUUAGUACUUCACUGAAUACUGGCAGAAAUUAUGGUGCAGAUUAUUUUAGCUUUUUUAAUAUUAAUUUUGCUCUAACUUUUAGAAAACCAACUUAUUUCUUUAAGGUAGGUCUUUGGGAUUGAAGGACCAGUUUUUACUAUUAAAUAAAAGAACUGGAAUAUUAGGAAUGAUCUUUAAUAAUUUUUCACUUCCUACUUAGUAUCUCUUGUUGCAGGUGAAAAAUGGCACACAACUAACUUUUUCUUAUAUUUGCACCCAAUAUCCAACAGUGACAUUCAGUUUGUAAUGUGUAAAGGCUGUAUAAAAUUUAUUUUUGUGUGUGAGACUAUCCAACUCAUAAUAUAACUGUUGAAUGACAAAGAAGUCACUUUCUGCCUUCUAUUGUGUUAUCCUAUUCAGUGUGCAUCCACACGAUUCUGAUAUCCAGAUCAAAGGUUUAAGUUGAGGUGAGAUCAGAAAUUUGCUUCACAUUCCUGUUAAUUUUAAUAACAGAGGCUUUAUCCUGAUUUGAUAAAGAGGUAAAGAUGUUUUGGUUUAAUCUGUCUCAAGGUUACAGCAACCUUAUAAACCAAAAUCAAUGCUGUCAUAAUUUUUUGUUGUUCCAAUUAAACAUUCUCUGUGGUAAAGGGCACCUAUCUAAUGUCUCCCAACUCUACUGGUGGAUUGAUGGCAUUGCCAUUCUAUAAUCAGUAGUAUUUCUAUUGGUUUAGUUUGUCUGCAGCUGUUUGCUGCCUAUUUUUCAGUCAGAUAAUAUGUGUACUGCUUGUGUGUUUACUAUGUUUUUGUUGCAUCUGUUUCUAUUUGUGCUCAUUUACUUCAAACUCUGUUGAAUGAUGUUGCUGCAUGCCUUUUAGGGAUACAUAUACAAAGAAAGCAUUUCUGCAAUGGUUAAAUAAGAACUGGCUAUUUCUGAAAUAAAAGACUGAUCAAAAAUAAUUAA